AUGUCCACAAAGCUAUACACAUACCCCAUCAAGUCCCUCCGCGAAACUCCCAUUUCAGAAGCCGUAGUCACGAAGCAUGGAUUCUUCUACGACAGGCGCUUCAUGAUCCUCAAAGUCCACCGAGAAGAUGACAACACACGAAGAUAUGAAAACAUGCACCUAGCGUUCUUUCCAGAGAUGGUCCUCUUCAGCACAGACAUCACGUUCCCCAGCGACGACGGGACGGAGGCCGGCAAAGUGCAUGUCACGUUCAACCCGCCAGACGGCGGAAGCCCAAGGACUCUCGACAUCCCGCUUGUACCCGACGUAUCCAGCUUGGACACUCUUAAGGUCGUUAUGCAUAGCAGCCCGACGGACGCCCACAACAUGGGUGCAAACUACAACGACUGGUUCUCCGCCUGCUUCGGCUACGACGCCGUUCUUGCCUACCUAGGAGAAAACCUUCGGCCCGUCCUUAUGACCGGGCCAUCAAAGGGCGAGCCCAACGGCUCAUGGCUAUCAAGUAUCACGAGCCUCCUCGGCUCCACACCAGAGGAAACAGAAGCGAUCACCUUCGCAGACUGCGCGCCCUUCCUCGUGGUCUCGGAGACAUCGCUUAAAGAUGUCUCGGCCCGGCUGCCGGACGGGGAGCAGAUGGACAUCACCAAGUUCCGGCCGAACGUCAUCGUCGAGGGCGCCGAGUCCAAGUGGGAGGAGGACUUCUGGGCCGAGAUUAUGUUGGGAGAUGUUAAGCUCGACGCGGUGCAGAACUGCGUGAGGUGUCAGAGCAUCAACAUUGACUAUUCCACGGGCAAGCCAGGGAAGAAUGAGGCGGGAAAGGUGUUUAAGCUGAUGCAAAAGGAUAGGCGGGUCGAUUCGGGUCACCAGUAUAGCCCGGUGUUUGGGCGAUAUUGUUUUUUGAAGCCGGGUGAUGACCACAAACGGGUUGCUGUUGGGGAUGAGGUGAAGGUCCUUAGACGGAACUCGGAGCAUACAGUGUUUGGUAAGUUGUUUACAGGGAUGUGA